AUGGGAAAAAUAAAGAGUGGCCUUGACCUAAUUCAGGAAGCCAUUAAUAACUCUGGCGGUUUGUUUGAAACGGACAGAAUGGAGAAUUUCAAAAAGCUGCACCUUCCUUGGAACUUUGGAAAACGGUAUAAUGUAAUAAAGGGGAAAGAAAACUCUUAUUAUAAUACACCGAGUUCAAAGAUUGAUGAAACAAUAGAUACUUACGACGAGGAAGAUCAACCCAGGCAACUUCGGCGCAACACAAGUCUGACGCGAUCUGUGAGGGACGUAGUAGGAACAUUGCGACAGAAAUUCAAAACAACAACAAAGAGACGAAUGAGAUUCAGUGACCAUGAAGAGAUUUCUUCACCAACCCAUUCAAAGAUAAGAAAACCUAAAAGGAGCAAAAGCAAUUCCAAAUUCCCAGCUACUCCUAAAAAUUCAAAGAGUACAGUUGUUUACAGAGAAGUGAAGUUGUACUCCCCUUUUGCAAUUGAAACCCCACCAGCUAAAACACCCCCUGGUAUAAGGACAUCAACACGUAGUCGUAUGCAAUUUCACCAGAUGGAGACUCCGACUCGACUGAGGAGGGAAGUUGAAUCUCUUACAGCCAAUAUGCAGGCUCUGGCCACACUCUCUCCUAAUGAGCUGCAGCAACGGGCAACCAGGCAACGUGGGAAAUCUCCGCUGACCAAUGGGAGUUUUCAAAGAACAGGAAUUAGAACAAGUCUGAGAUUACAGAAUCGUCAGAAGAUGGAAACAAACCUCCUGUGAAUCACUAUUCUGCUUUAGUUUUGGAGGAAGUCAUCUCAAUUAUGAAAUAUGCAUGCCUUUUUACUAAUUUGGACAUUAUGUAUAUUGCAUGUACUUCAGAAAUAUUUGAUAAUGUAAAAUUUUAAACUUUUAAAUUGUACUGCUACAUUAUCGUACAUGUACUGGGUAUAUGUGCUAUGUUAAUAUUAGUUAUUGGCAUUCUAUACAUGUAUAUGUAUGUUACUUCUUUUUUUUAUUUUGUACAUAUAAUCAUGUACUAUGUUACCUUAAUGACAACAUACUUGGAUAGUUGUGAAUUCCUUUCCCUUCUUGCUGUCUUUCUUUCACUGUGAUUUCAUCCACGCAAGCUGGAAAUUUUAGUAGUCAAGACAACUGGAAAAUGUGGUUUUGUCUGUUUCGUGUAAAAUUUUAUAGUUUUACAUGCAUAAAAUGUGCAAUUUUUUUUUUAUCUCAUUUUAUUUGUACAUGUAUUAACUUUAUAUAAACCCUCAUAGUUUUAGUGAUUUUAUGGAAAGCAGUGCUUUUUGGAAUUUUAAUUCAUUACUUACAUGUAGUAAUUGGAAGAACCUUCAGAAAUCAGAAGUAUUUGUCAGACUGCAAUGAAUCAAGAUAUGUGUUAGAACUUCAUUGUGGGUAUAUAAAAACCAAUAUUCUUUUAAAUUCAUUCUGUACCACUGAAUCCAUUGUAGGGGGCAUUUGUGAUAUGGGUGGAAAGAAUCAUUUUUUGAUAAAAUAAUGUUGGUGCUUUAAUUAUUUUCAAGGUUUGAUUUGAAUUUAGUGUAGAUUUUAUGUGUUUGCUGGUUUGUUGUAUUGUACAAUGAGAUUUCUAACACAGUACUCUUAGUCAAUUAAGACUACCUCAGGUCAAGAAGAGAUCCUUAAUAAUAAUACAAGUUAAAAGCUUUUAAAUGUGUUUCUUUAGAGAUUCAUGCGUAAUGUAUGUGUAUUUUGAAAUUCUAUUAAAGACGCAAAGCUACUAAACAAUCAA